UAAAGAACCCAGCUUCCGGCUUUCGCGUUGAAGCCGGUAAGAUGGCGUCUCAGCAGCAGCAGUCUGGCGGGCCAAUGUCGCAGGCCGGGUUGCAGGCUGCUUCAAUACAACAACAGCAGCAACAACAACAACAACAGCAACAGCAGCAGCAGCAGCAGCAGCAAUUGAGCCAACAACAAGACUUUGAUCCAGUACAUCGAUUUAAGAUUCUUAUUCCACAGUUAAAAGAGAGUCUGCAGAAUCUCAUGAAGAUCGCAUCCCUCAAUUUAGCCCAUAACACUACGAUUGACAACGGCAUCAAAAGCAGCGACACCUCCGUCCAGCGCUUCGACAAGAGCCUCGAGGAGUUUUACGCCCUGUGUGAUCAACUGGAGAUGUGUUUGCGGCUGGCCUACGAGUGCCUCUCGCAGAGCAUCGACAGCGCCAAGCAUUCGCCCAACCUGGUUCCAACCGCCACCAAGCCGGACACGGUGCAGACCGAGUCCAUGUCGUAUGCCCAAUACCUCGGCAUGAUCAAGUCUCAGAUCUCCUGUGCCAAAGAUAUCCACAACGCUUUGCUGGAGUGCUCCAAGAAGAUCUCGGGGAAGGGACCGCCUCAGGCAAUCAUGUGAUACCACCACUCUUUCUACUUCUGGUGACAUUUUUGAGAAGAAUGAUGCAUUCCAUAUUUUGGGCUCUUCCCAUAUGCAGAACCAAGUUUGCUUCAAUAUACUGUUUUUCAUUUCUCAACAUCCUGUAUAUUUGGUUAUGAUUUAUUUUUUUAACUUGAGUCUUGUAAACGCUGCGUGAAUAAUCAAGAUAAAAAGUCAUGUCCUAAGGUGACCAGAAGGUGGAGGCAGAGUUGUACCUGUCCUUUUGUAGCUUAUUUGUAUUGAAUAAAAAUGUUUUUACUGCU